AUGUCCAGAUACUACGAGCACGAAAUCCGGGAGGAUCGGCCCCGCAGCCCAAGCCAUCACCGCCGCGAUGACCCACCUCCUAUGGUGAGGGAGUACUCCCCCGAGUACUACUCCGGCGGCGGCGCUGGUCCCAUACAGGUAGUCUAUCCGGACCGAGGCCCCAUUCCAAUCGCCAACGGCCCUUACGUCUCGGGCGCCAUCCCCGUCGAUGCUCCUUCAGUGCACCCAUACUACGGUCCUGAGUCACCGCUCUCUCCCCGCGACACGAAUGCGUUGCAACUCUCGCCCCAUCCCCACUAUCGCCCACGCUCCCUCCCGCCUCAAGCUUAUGCUGUAGGCAGACCACGCUCGCGUUCACGCCCACGAAGCCCCAUCGGCAAAGUCCGCCACGCGGUUGACAGCACCUUCACCCAAUCAUCGUCGGGCAUCGGUGUAGGUCUCCUAGGCGCUGUCGUCGGCGGCCUGGCAGCGCGUGAAGUUUCCGAUGCCACCGUCCGAUCCCGCAACCGCAAGGAGAUAGACAACGGCACAUACCGCCCGCGCUCGCCCCGCGAGACGGAGAAGGCGCGGGUGAUAUCUACCGUCGUUGGGGCUCUCGUGGGCGGUCUUGGCGCUAAUGCCAUUGAGAGACGCUUCGAGGUCGCUCGUGAAAGGGACAGGGAGCAGCAACUCGCUUGGGAGAGGAAGUGGGGGAGGGAGCGCAAUCUGCCACACUAUGACACGGGAAGAGACCACGACUGGGAUAAUGGCAGAGGCCGCCUGAGGAACCGGCGUCGUGACGAGUGGAAUGACGGAUAUCCUGACUAUGGAUACGAAGAUCGUCGUGGAAGACUUCGGAGCGAAGAGCGCUAUUCAUACAGGAACUGA